ACGGGAGCGUCAAAGCAGGUAAACAAAUGUAAAUAAAAACAAAUGUGUCGCUAAAGUUCCGGUCGUGAGCCGUAGAAUUUUUACGGUAAUUACGGCGAACCCUAAAAUCAGUUCAAAAUGAGUGAGUCAGAACCGGUGCACAUUGAGUACGCCGACGAAACGGAACUGCUGACCGAGUUCCGGAAUUACAUGAGCGAUCCGGACACACGCGAAAAGGCUGCCCACUACCUACUGAACUCGCUGAUUGACGAGUCGAUUCUGGGCAUCGUGUUCGAGGUUCAUCACGCGUACAAAACCGGUUCCGUAGCGGCUAUCGAAGGCCAACCGGAAGACCCCAAGUCGUACACGAUCGUCGACAUGCCGGACAUGGACGUGUUCGGGUCGACCAACAGCAAAAAGGCCAUCGACUGCAGCUGCCCGAACUGCAACCGGAUUGUGGCCGCGUCCCGGUUCGCACCGCACCUGGAAAAGUGCAUGGGAAUGGGUCGCAACUCGUCUCGAAUUGCUAGUCGGCGCAUUGCCAACACUCGGGACGGCGGAAACUACUUCGGGGCCGACGAAGACGAUGAGGACGAUGCGGACUGGUCCGGAGAGAAACGCAAGAAGAAAAUCGCCCCGGUCAGAACGAACGGCAGCAAGAAAAACGGUAAGACGUCAUGAAAAUAAUUGACACAGAUUGGAAUCGGGGCCGGCGGCGUAGUUUGCCGUCCCUGGCGGCUUCGAUCGGCGCGUUUGUUCGGGAAAGGUGAUAAAAGGUAACUGGGUGGCAGGUGUGAGAUGCAUGCGAGUCACUAGGUUUUUUUCAAAUUGUCCUCGGCGGUUUUUUUUUUUCAAAUGGGGCGUCGUGGCUUGAUUGUGUACUAAGAAAUUUACAAUUAACGUUUCAAUUUGAUUGGGAAAAGACCAACACAAAGCAUUAACGGUACACAUCAACCAUAGCUUUUGCACCCAGAUUUCUGUUACAGACAUUUUAGUAUCUUCAAAACUACGGGAACUAUUCGUUGUGAUUUUUUAUUCAUCCCCUAAAUUACUGUAUUCAAAGUUAUUUACAACAAAGUUUGACUAUUUUUACAAUCAGGAUAUUGCAGGAUUGGGUCCGUAAGUUUGACAAAUUUGGAAUAAGAAGACAACAACUUCCUUGGUUGCUGUGCACCCUUAAUGUAUUAGAAAUUUAUUGUAACAUGUAACAAUUAUGAAAAUAUUCUUCAAAUGUGUAUAGGACGUCCGUGUUUAAUAUAUUAUGCAGAAAAAUCAUUUAAUAGGAAGUACAGAAUCUGAAUACAGUAGUGUGAAGUACUUAGCGUAAA